AAAGGUCACGUACAGGAGGUUGUUUGAAUUUGACUUUGCCGAGAGAUUCACGUGGUGUAGUUUAUUGGGUUUUUUUUGUAAUUUAUUUGUUUUUCACCACUUUAUGUUUACUUUGAAGCAUUGAAGUGUGAACCAGACGCGUUUAGAUUAAUUGCGUGUCAAACUAACGCAAUUUUAACACGAAAGGUGGACGUUUUUGGGCUCAGUGCUAGCAUAGUGUUAGUGUGUAUGUGUCAGUGUGUAUUAUUAAAUAAGUAGGCAUGCACGUGCUCAGGAGGCUGGUGUGUGGUAUGUGUCUCAGGCUGAAUAAACAUGCCGGGUGUGUUCAGACCUUCAGCACUUCUUCUUCCAGGCCUCAGUCUGUAAUGCAGGCCUGGGUCAUUGAUAAAUACGGAGACAACAGUGUGCUGAGGUUCACCAGAAACGCCGCUUUUCCUGUCAUACACUAUCCGAACGAGGUGACCAUCAGAGUGCAUGCAGCUGGACUCAAUCCCUUGGAUGUCAACAUGAGAGGAGGUUACGGUGCUGCCACUCUGGCCAUGAAGCGCGACCCUCUGAACAUGAACAAGGCGGGCAGUGAGUUUCCUCUGAUCCUGGGCCGUGACGUGUCGGGGGUGGUCAUGGAGUGCGGCCUGGACGUGGGUUACUUCAAACCUGGAGAUGAGGUUUGGGCUGCGAUUCCUCCAUGGAAGCAGGGCAGCUUGGCCGAGUUCGUCGUGCUCAGCGCUAACGAGGUGUCUCACAAGCCCAAAUCGUUGAGUCACACAGACGCAGUGUCUCUCCCAUAUGUUGCCGCUACAACCUGGUCAGCUCUCGUCAACACGGGCGGCCUGAACAAAGACAACUGCUCUAAAAAACGAGUUCUGAUCCUGGGAGGUUCAGGUGGAGUCGGAACGUUCGCCAUUCAGUUGCUGAAGGUGUGGGGCGCUCAUGUGACGGUGACGUGUUCCAAGAAUGCCGAGCAGCUGGUAAGGGGUUUAGGAGUGGACGAUGUGGUGGAUUACACCAGCGGACCGGUGGAGAGGAAACUGCGAGAUCUGGACAAGUUUGAUCUGGUUCUGGAUAACAUCGGUGGAGAGACGGAGAAAUGGGCACUGACGCUGCUCAAGCCCUGGUCCGGCGCAAAAUACGUCACCUUGGUAACACCGUUCCUGCACAACACCGACCAGCUCGGCCUCGCCGACGGCAUGAUGCAGACCGCCGUCACCGUAGCAACCAAGGCACUGAAGCACCUGACUAAAGGCGUACACUAUCGCUGGGGCUUCUUCGCUCCGAGCGGCUCUGCGCUGGACAACGUGACUGAAAUUGUGGACACAGGAAAGAUCCGUCCGGUGGUGGAGGAGACGUUCUCCUUCUCUCAGGUCCCUCAGGCCAUGCAGAAAGUGGAACGCGGCCACGCCCGCGGGAAAACCGUAGUAACCGUCGCCGAGGAGCAGGAUGAGCGGCCAUAGCAACCAGCCGGGAAACGAGGUUUGCUCAGCGUGGAUGGAUCUGUUUCCAUGGAAACGGAGACCAGUGGUCAGGAUUAAACUCGAAGCUAAAUGACACACACACACAAAGAAAUCAGCAGCUCGGCACUAACGUGGGGUCCGAGUGCGCUGAUCUGACCGGUCUGAUCUCAAAAACAACACACACCUCACGUUAGUCUCCAGUGGGCGUGGCCUGACGCUGUAGCAGUGCAUUUACACUUUACUCUUUCAUUUCAGCAGCUCACAGUUCGGCUCAUUGAACAUUCUUUCCUUUUCGUCUCUUUCUCCUUUUUCCUCUCUUUACCUCGCUCCUCUUCUUCCCCCUCUCUUCCUAUCUCGGCUGAUCCCGCUGAUCAUGCUGGAGUUAGGGUUUAAUUAGGGAAGUUUUCGUGAUAAAUCUGGACAGGUUUAAAUACUCUAAGAUGUUUUUCGCGCGUGUGUGAUUUCUUCUUUCGGUGUGUACUUCCUGGCAGGUUUCAGCAAACCGGAAGUAGAUUUGAGGAAAGAGUGAUUGUUCUAACUGGGGUUGUUGUGUGUAAAUAAAGUUUUAUAACCAAUG